AUGGCAGUUGAUGAGGCGAGCGUUAGUGAAGACAUCAUUGAAAAGAUUACCACCAAGCAGCGGAAGGUCAGUUACUGCGAUGCCCAUGAGAGGAUCGUCGGCGGUGGCCGAGGUGGUGGCGAUGCAGACGACUACUACCCGACUCACUCCAGUAGCGACAACGAAAGAAUGAACGUCGUCUUGCAGAGACGUCGCAAGAGUUGGAUGGGAAAAAAGUUCUCGAACGUCCUCAUCGAGGAUGGAAUCCAAUCCGAAGUGGUCGAGGAGAUAAUUGCUGAAGAGGAGAAGAAGAAUCGAAGCGAGGACCACGAGAAAACCGGCUGCCACAAAGCCCAAGAAUCUGUAGAAAGCGUCAUCGACUACACUCCUCUGCAGAUAGCCCUCCUGGUUCUGGCUCUCAUUGACGUGGCCAUCGUCAUAACCGAGAUCAUCCUGACGCUGCAGAUUUAUAAAAUAUCAGAAGAAGAAAUAAGCGAGGUCCUGAAGACUACAUUUGACUCGUUGACCGGUUUGUUAGAACUCGAGCCAAUGUCAGAACUGACCACCAUCGUCCAAACCAUCAACCACACGUGCAUCAGCAGCGGUUGCAGCAGCGGCAACAGUCCCGACAGCCACCCAAAACCCAACUCCCAUUUUGUUUCCAGUGACGUCCGAUCAGGACAUUCGGAAGGAGAAGCGCCAUCAAGCGGUGAUCAGUCCGAAGAACAACAUUCGGUCGGCCUCACGUCAAUCAACAGGGAAGGCCACACCCACCAAAAUCCAACCAUCGAACAUCUAGAAAUGGCAGAGAAAGCCCUCAACAUGGCCAGCAUCAUCAUCCUGGGAAUUUUCGUAGUGAUGGCAUUUUUGAGAAUGUUUGCGGUGGGAUUGCGUUACUUCAAACAGUAUAUGGAGGGUGGGCAAACUAGGGAGCUGUUUUAUGCGGUCCGCGAGGCCUUGUUCGCCCAACUAAAAGGCUAUGCAAUUUCGGAAAAUAAAAUUUCAAAGGUAUUGGACGCUGUGGUCAGCACCCUCUCCUUCAUACUCGACAUCUUGAAGUACAGGGACGUCAUAGAAAGCGAUGCGACUGAGGCUGUAAUUGUCAUUCUACUGCUCUGGCAGAUUGUCAGGAUGUUUAAUGGUAUAAUGCUGACUGAACUGAAGAGGAGAGAGUUUAGGAUCAUGUUGUUGAAGAGGAUGAAGAAGAGAGCGGAUAUCAGGAUGGCUAACUGCGCCACUGAAAAUCGCCUUUUACAGACGGAGGUCAAAAGUUUGCAAAACCUCAGCUGUAGAAAGGGUGCAACUACGGACGAAAUAGGAAUGUGCCAUCCCAUUAGGAUCUCUGCAAAGCCCUCGAUCAAGUCAGCCCUCUCCUACAUGGCAGCCAUUACGAUCGACAUGUCUGGCCAGAGUACCACAAAGUUGGAGCUUGCUAGUAGCAGCAAACUCAACAGACUCUCAAACGUUAAGAGUAAACUCUCGGCCGCUGUCUCGAAAAGAAACUCCGCCAACAAGCUCGACGACACCGGCCUCAUCAACUUGCCCAUCUUCUUCCCCGACUCCCUACCUUCCAAACUUCCCAGCCACCGGUUUGCCACAACUUCUUACAGCGACGACAACAACAACAACAUCAAUAACAACAUUAAUGAUGACGACGACGACGAUGAUGGUAAUGUGGGUAGUUAUAGGGCUGAUGGGGGUGCGAAUGCGUGCAGUACAAUGAUCUAG